GAACAGUGCAGGGCGAGUGACACUGGGCGCCGCGCCGAUGUUUAUUGUUGGAGUGGGUGAAGAUGGAUCGUUCCGGUUUGGAGUGGAUUCGACCGAUCAGAGUGUCAAACGGUUGGUGAUGUGAUGUUUUGGUGUAAAGUUCCCAAAGUGGGUCGUUGUCGUACGAAUGUGUGAAACGCUUGUCGUCGAACUCUGCGUAAAUCGGAGGUUAACAUGAAAAUACAGUAGAACGCUGGAUGUAUGUCACAAAUGUUUCUGGUAUCACAUCGUAAAACGAUUCCGCUAUCACUCAUCACAACUAACUUAACGAAGUAGAGUAUAGUUCACAACACAAGCCCUUGAUGAGCAAUUCGACUGCGAUUGUGUCGGUAUUGAAGAAGCAGUGACAGUGAUAACAACGUUCCGUCCACCGAUGUCUGUGCUGGAAAGAACUUGUGCUUGUGCGUGCGACCUUUGUGUUCUUGACUCGUUCUGAACAGUGACCUAGUGUCCUGUGCUGAGAUGGCAUCUUCGAGGUCAAAGGCCAAGAGAUCAAUGUUCGCAGAUCUCGAAACAUUGCCCCUGCUCGCAGGUGCAGGGGAGGCGAGCAGAGGCCACGAGCCGGAUACAGAGGACAGGGAGCAGGUCGUCUGCCCCCCCAGUGUCGGUCCGGACAGAGACAUGGUCGCCCAGUCCUCUUCCUGCCGCUUGGUAGUCGAGCGGCCUGUCUACCAGCACUCCGGCCUGCAUGAUGCUUUCUUCUCCCGUGAUCCACAACCAGCCACCGCCACUUCUCGACUUCUGCAUGCGGCCUGUGAAUGUUCCCCAAAACAGACUCUGGUGGGUAUGGUACCAGCAGUCACCUGGUUAGCGGACUAUAGCUGGAAAGAUGACCUUGUCAAGGACAUCGUCUCUGGGUGUACUGUGGCCAUCAUGAACAUCCCUCAGGGUAUGGCGUACGCACUUCUAGGAAACGUGCCUCCUGUUGUCGGCAUCUACAUGGCUAUAUUCCCAGUACUAGUAUACGCCUUUCUAGGAACCUCAAGGCAUGUUGCUAUGGGCUCCUUCGCCGUGAUCUGUCUGAUGACCGGGAAGGUGGUGUCCGAGUUAUCCGGAGGAGGUCCGCCCGCUCCCAUGUUCAACUCCACUUCCCCGACAAAUACUAGCCUGCCCGUCUACUCUCCCCUGGAAGUCGCUGUCUCUGUCACAUUCAUGGUGUCCAUCUAUCAAUUGCUGAUGUACGUGUUCCGCAUGGGCAUCAUGUGUUCUCUGCUCUCCGAGACCCUGGUGAACGGCUUCACAGCAGGAGCAGCCAUCCAUGUCUUCACCUCGCAGAUCAAAGAUCUUUUGGGAAUGGAUAUACGAAAGCACAAUGGGAAUUUUCAAAUCAUAUACACUUACAUCGAAGUUUUUAAAAAUCUAUCGACCAUCAACACGGCAGCUUCCAUCAUCUCUUUGACAACGGUUGUCGUUUUGAUACUGGACAACAAAUUUGUGAAGCCGUGGGUGAGCCGAAGGUCGGUGAUUCCUGUACCCGUAGAACUGAUAGCUGUCACCGUAGGUACAAUCGCCUCCACCUUCUGGGAUAUACACGUUAAGUACAAUCUCACUACGGUCGGACAUAUAUCCAUCGGGCUUCCGGGAUUCCAUUCUCCCAACUUCGAGCUCAUUCCGGCGGUCGCAGUGGACAGUUUCAUCAUCGCAGUCAUCGCCUACAUAGUCACCAUCUCCAUGGCUUUGAUAUUUGCCCAGAAAAUGAAAUAUGAAAUCGACGCAAAUCAGGAGCUAUUGGCUCAGGGGGCUGGCAACCUUGUGGGAUCUUUCCUGUCCUGCAUGCCCUUCGCGGCGUCUUUGUCGCGCAGCAUGAUCCAACAAACGACCGGUGGCCGCACCCAGCUGGCCAGCAUGAUCUGCGCCGCCAUCCUCACCGUCGUCCUCGUCUCCUUCGCACCUGUCUUCGAGCCUUUGCCAAGGUGCAUUCUGGCGAGCCUAAUCGUUGUGGCGCUGAAGGGAAUACUGUUGCAAGUGAAGGACAUCGUGAAGAUAUGGCACAUGUCGACUCUGGACGGGAUAGUCUGGGUGGCUACCUACGUCACCGUGAUCCUGGUGGAGAUUGACGUCGGGCUGCUGGUGGGUCUGACCGUGUCCAUCGUCACCAUCCUGUUCCGCGGCAUCAGACCUCUGAUCUACCCGCUCUCCAGACUGCCGUACACCGACAUCUACGUCGAGAGUACCCGAUACGGGAAGGUUGAGGACAUAAACGGCGUCUGCAUCAUCCAUUAUGGAGGAGGACUAAACUUCGCCAACAAAAGUUGCUUCAGGCAAGAAGUGAACAGGAUACUGAAUAGUAAUGGAGUGGGAGAAGAGAAGAUGGAGCUGAAAACCUUGCCAAAGUUUGACUCCAACAAAUCCUUGUCAAUUGACAUGGAAAAAGAGAUAACGUUCCUGGUACUUGACCUGACGGGACUUCAGUACGUAGAUCCUUCUGGGGCAGAGGCAAUCAAGGCCCUAGCCUCGGAACUUGCGGCCCGCUCCACUUCAAUCUACCUGGCCGGCCCAUCUGGAUCCGUGUGUGACGUCCUGCAGAGAUGCGGAGUUCUGAACGUCGCAGGCCUCCUGUGCUUCCCUACGGUCCACGACGCUGUCGUCUUUGCUCAGAGCAAGUUACCAAAAAUUAUCCACAGCAUCAGGCUGUAAUUGUGGCAGUGUGGUUCAACAAUUCCUACAACAGAUUUCUGUCUCUCAUAUUAUAAUAGCUUAGUCUACACAGUCUAAAACGGGCGAAGCAAAUACAAAUAUCAAGUUUGUACUGUUUUAUACGCGUGGAAGUUUUGGAACUGUUUGCAAUUUAAUUUAGAAUCACGCCAAAGUGUAGAUAUAAUUAUAGUAUUUGUUUUUUACAUGUAAGUUGCAGAAUGAGUCUUAAUAAUAUUAACAAUAUAAAGAAUAUUAUUUUAUGUUCAUACGUGAUCAUGAGAUCGGUCACGCUGGUUAGAUCAACAAACAUGAGCCUCACGUACAGUUUUAGCUUAGGUUUCCAUUGUAUGCAUGAAAGGGCUAUGAUUAAAUUUCCUUUUUUUGUCUUACAAACAUAAACGCAGCACAAAGUGUACUUUGCCCACCAAUACGUGCUAAAUUGUGGCCAUACCCCAAACUGUGAUUUUUAAUAACCAGUUAAGAAAAAGUUCUUGGUCAUUGAGAAUCUCAGUUUGGUCAAUGGGUAGCACGUUAAAGUUGAUUGAUAUUUAAGAUACUAGGUAGGUAAAUGUUAUUAGAUAUAAGAUGUUAAUAUGACAAAUUCCAAGUUAUCAUUUAAUUUCCAAGAACUCAAGAUACCAAAAAUCAGCUGAUGAAUACUGGUAACGCAAUAUUACUAUACACAAAUAAAUACAGUUUUAAAUUAUUAUUAAUCAAUGUAAGGUAAUCAUGUAAUCAUUCUUACAAUACACGAGCAAAUAUGACACAUUGCAUAUUUUUGUAGUCAUAGGUUUUCUCGUAUUUGUAUAUUCGUAUUUUAUCAACGAAUUUGGGUUUUGUGUGCCAUAAAAAAUGUACUUAUAUUUAUUUCGAAUAAUUAUUUGAAAAAUCAAUAGCUAAAUCUACCAAUAAGUCUUAGUUUUCAUUUUAUGCAAUAAUGAUCACAGGAGCAAAAUUUUAAAUGUAGUUUUUCAACUUAAUUUGAAUGUACUUACAAGUAUGAACUAAAUAGCUAAAUUUAGUUCAUACUUAGAGUUUAGUUAAGAAAGUGCCUUGUAAGGUUUGUGCUCUAAGUUUAUGGCGAUUUAUGUCGUGUACUCUAAGUACAAGUACACUCUUCGUUGUAUGUGUACCAAACUAUUUAUUGUGGCCAGAGCAGCUAUGAUUUCCUUUUCUUGUAUUUAACAGAAACAUUUUUUGCAAUUUUAAUAAUGCUGUCUGGUACUCUUGUAAAAGUCACUUUUCAUAAGCCACUUUCCUUGUUGAAAUGGAAUUAGACAAUAAACAAUUCGGAACCACUGAAUCUAUAAUACUCUCACAACGUAAUCUAUUUUUAUCUGCAAUUUUACAAAGAGAAUGUUUUUAAAUGUUAGCUGUAGUUACAAACUGUGUUAAUAGACUUAUAAUUUUAUAUUCCAUACAUUAAAUUGUUGAAAUUAUAUUACAUACUAGUAUACACAUUUCUUGUAUGAGAAUAAUGGUGCUAUUAGAAUAAUUUAAGUAAAAUAAAGUUUUUAUUACGCAACAUAAAA